AUGGAAUGCGGCCCACAGGGAAAUCUCCUCACACCUGGCCUCAUAGAGCAGAAAACCAAUGCUGUGUCCCCAGCGCCUGUCAACCAACCCACACGCCUCACAGCGCCCGUCAACCAACCCACACGCCUCACAGCGGCCGUCAACCAACCCACACGCCUCACAGCGCCCGUCAACCAACCCACACGCCUCACAGCGCCCGUCAACCAACCCACACGCCUCACAGCGCCCGUCAACCAACCCACACUCCCCACAGCGCCCGUCAACCAACCCACACUCCCCACAGCGCCCGUCAACCAACCCACACACCUCACAGUGCCCGUCAACCAACCCCCACUCCUUACAGCGCACGUCAACCAACCCACACUCCCCACAGCGCCCGUCAACCAACCCACACUCCCCACAGCGCCCGUCAACCAACCCACACUCCUCACAGUGCCCGUCAACCAACCCACACGCCUCACAGCGCACGUCAACCAACCCCCACUCCUUCCAGCGCACGUCAACCAACCCACACUCCCCACAGCGCCCGUCAACCAACCCACACACCUCACAGUGCCCGUCAACCAACCCCCAUUCCUUACAGCGCACGUCAACCAACCCACACUCCCCACAGCGCACGUCAACCAACCCACACUCCUCACAGCGCCCGUCAACCAACCCACACGCCUCACAGCGCACGUCAACCAACCCCCACUCCUUCCAGCGCACGUCAACCAACCCACACUCCCCACAGCGCCCGUCAACCAACCCACACGCCUCACAGCGCACGUCAACCAACCCCCACUCCUUACAGUGCACGUCAACCAACCCACACUCCCCACAGCACCCAUCAACCAACCCACACUCCCCACAGCGCCCGUCAACCAACCCACACGCCUCACAGCGCCCGUCAACCAACCCACAUGCCUCACAGCGCCCGUCAACCAACAGACACUCCCCACAGCGCCCGUCAACCAACCCACACUCCCCACAGCACCCGUCAACCAACCCACAUGCCUCACAGCGCCCGUCAACCAACCCCCACUCCUUACAGCGCACGUAAACCAACCCACACGCCUCACAGCGCCCGUCAACCAACCCACACUCCUUACAGCGCACGUCAACCAACCCACACUCCUCACAGCGCACAUCAACCAAGACUCCUCACAGCGCCCGUCAACCAACCCACACUCCUCACAGCGCCCUUCAACCAACCCACAUGCCUCACAGCGCCCGUCAACCAACCCACACGCCUCACAGCGCCCGUCAACCAACCCACACGCUUCACAGCGCACGUCAACCAACCCACACUCCUCACAGCGCACGUCAACCAACCCCCACUCCUCACAGCGCACGUCAACCAACCCCCACUCCUUACAGCGCCCGUCAACCAACCCCCACUCCUUACAGCGCACGUCAACCAACCCCCACUCCUCACAGCGCCCUUCAAACAACCCAGACUCCUGA